AUCACGUAUUUAUGCCAAAAUUAUGGCUGAAAGAGGCCAAAGAGAAUGAGGCAAUAUAUGUGGAUUAUCGCUACUAGCUAGGUGGUUGGCAGGGCAGUAGACAAACAUGAAACUUCUACUGGUACUAUAUCUGGUUGGCUUUCUAAGACUCUCUUGUUGCGUGGACCCGAAUGAAGAAGAGCCGGAAGAUGUUAGUGAUCACAUAUUUGAGGAUGAAAUUGUACAAGUUACUCCCUUAUAUAAUGAUACAGACGAUAAUUCCGUCGAUCUGUCACCACUCUUUGUCAGCUUUAUGAACCUUGAUCCUGCUCAGGGUUCGGAAAUUACAGGUACCGCAGACGGAGUAGAAUACACCAAGUUUUUCUAUGUGGGAGCACCUGAUCCACCUCCAGCACUUGCUCUCGAUCUUACAAGACCAAGUGACUUUUUUGUCACCUCAACCAGGCAUCACAAAAACGGUGUUAACCAGGUCAAUUACUUUCCACCCCGUGGACUUGAUGUUAAACUUGUACUAGAGGGUGGUAGACAGGUAUGGAAGGCACAAUUUGGCGAGGCAUGCCUCCACGCGGAGACUCACACAGGAGAUACUUCCAGUUUCCUGCUCUUGUGCAUAGAGAAGGACAACCACAUAAGAAAAGAGCAUUUUGAAAAGACGAGUAAGGGGUGGAUUUCCAUAACCAAAGAAGAGUAUAGUGAGAAGCUUUCCGAGAUUGUAGGACCGCCUGAGGAUGCUUUGCCCUGAUAGUAUUUAAUGUACAUUAGAAUGACUAUUGCGACAUUUCGCGUUUUUAAUGCACAUUAUUUCAUUCUCCAGUGGAUAGAAUGAUUGGAUUUAAUAUUUUAAGUUCAUG